GAUUUGAGAGUAACUCUGCGAGGAUCUCUUGUUGAAGAAAAUCGUCAUGGCACGUACUAAGCAAACCGCUCGAAAAUCUACCGGUGGAAAGGCUCCACGAAAACAGUUGGCAACCAAGGCUGCUCGUAAGAGUGCCCCUGCUACUGGAGGAGUGAAGAAACCUCAUCGCUACAGGCCUGGAACUGUCGCUCUUCGUGAAAUUCGAAGAUACCAGAAGAGCACGGAACUUUUGAUCCGUAAAUUGCCGUUCCAACGUCUCGUCAGAGAAAUUGCUCAAGAUUUCAAGACCGAUCUUCGAUUCCAAAGCUCUGCUGUUAUGGCUUUGCAAGAAGCCAGCGAAGCUUACCUCGUUGGUUUGUUCGAAGAUACCAACCUGUGCGCAAUUCACGCAAAGAGAGUAACGAUUAUGCCAAAGGACAUCCAGUUGGCUCGUCGUAUUCGAGGAGAGAGAGCUUAAGUCUAGGUGGGAAAACUGCUAGCUUCUAAGCUAGUACAAUCGGCCCUUUUCAGGGCCCCAUAUUUUUAGACUGGAAUAUACUUUGCCAACUAUGACAUUCUAAUGCCAUCAGCAUAAUGUCUGACUUAUACUUACCCGUCGAUGGGUUUCUAUUGUAAUAUAAACCCGUCGAGUGACGCCACUUGAAAAUUAAACUCGCAAGACUGUAUCGUAGAUCUUAGGACCUGGGGUACACCCUUCGUUGGUCUCUCAUUUUACAGUAGCAGUUUGAAAAUUAUUUUAGGAUCGGGACACUUCUGGUCAUCACAUACAUUUUCACCCAUGCAAGCUUACAAUGAAGGUGGGCUAUUGUUGUGGCACUUCCUUUGUGUUCACUAGCUAACGGAUCACCCUGUAAGAAGCCAGCGAUGAAAACACCUUGUCGUAUUUGGUAAUUUCAAUAUAAAGCAAGGAAUACUUUUUAUUCAAACAUACUUUCAAUGUAAUGUUCCAUUACAAAUGGUAAACCAUCGCAUUUCAUAAAUGCAAGCACGAAGUGGUGAAAUUUCAUAUAAAUUUCAAUCUUAGUUUCGUAAUUUUGAGUUUGAGGGUUAAAAUGAAUUCAGGAAGAGCGAAACAUAAAUUGAAUAAUAUAAAAGUAACCUAUGUACGAGUUACUAGUAGCAUAUUGAUUAAUUUUAUUCGCGUAAAAUUGAAAAUUUUACUGAUAUCCGUUGAGUUAAGAAGUUUAUGUCUCGUUUCUCUGUUAAUUUCUAUAAAUUCAUUAUAAACGACGAAUGAUUCAUUUGCAUCAGCUUUUGUUUAUUGGAUCUUCGAGGUCAUAAAUUGAAAAUUAUGUACGAAUGUCAGUAAAUUUCUACUUUUCUUCAAGAAACUCUCCAUCGAUAGGAUGACAAAUUGGUAGAACUACUUCGAUAGAACAUAGCAGAUAGUACAUACACGUAUAAUAAAAUUUAUAUCGAUGAUUAUAUAUAUUGUACUAUAUAUUUAUACGCUUAU